AAACAGCUAUUUAGUGCAAGGUACAACUGCUAGUAUUUAUUGAAAAAAACUGGUGGCCUCAAAAUUGAGAAGUUAGUCUCAUUCAACCAGACGCUCGGUUGUCUCCGUAAAUCUCCGACGCGCAGAGAGUUGAACGAGACAAAACCUGAUGUAACAUCACGCGCUGCGAAAUCUCAGAUGUUUUCAUUGGAAAAGAAAAUGAAAGUAGAAUGGAAUUUAGGAGACGCAGAUUAGUUGGCUUUAUUUAUAAACUUUAUCUUUAGUACUUCAUGUGAUUUGGAUUGGUUAUUAUUCAGUUCUUGCCUGUUGAGAAACAUUUAUAGUGUAUAAUGGCUCAACUCAAUGUUAGACGUAUUACACAAGGAACGACAAAUUUCAUCAUUCUGAAUCUUCUAUUAGUCUCAGGUGUGGCCAUUGCAGAUGAAUGUUUUCUACCAAAAGUUCAUGAAUGUUUUACAAACGUCAACAUGACUGUUUUGUCUGAAAAUCAAACAGCUUUCUGCAACAAUGAAAUGGGAAAGCUCAAACAGUGCUUAAAACCGUAUGACGCAGCUUGUCAAAACGAGUCUAUAUACAAACUGAAUAUUGAAGCAUUCAAGCCAUCAACAUUUGGAUGUAACGAUAAUGGAAGCUUGCAAUGCGACGUAAAAGCUAUUCAAAGAUGUUACAAAAAUUUGGAUACCUCAACUAUUGUAACAAAUGUUACUCAAUUUUGCAACUUUAAUUUGAAGGAAGCCCAAGACUGUCUGAUGGUCUACAAGAACGUGUGUUUGUCCAGCUCGUACUCAGACUUAUACAAGUCCUUGAACGCCUUACUUCAGCCAAAUCAAUACGGAUGCUUAGAUACCAGUGGGGUACAAUGCGAAUUAUUUACAGCCACUCGUUGUAUCUUGGAUUUCAAUUUCGACCGCAUGGAACAUCUGCAAUCCUCUGGCUGGCCAUCGAUGAACACGACAGCUCUUUGUGGACAUCUACAGAAAGCAGAAGCAUGCAUCGCACCGUAUGAUAAUGCUUGUAAAUCCAAACCUUCUUUCAACAUUAUUAAACAAUAUUUGAAACCUGACCUUUGUAAAGAACCAGUUACCCCUACAUCGUCGGGCUCGUCGGCAACAGUGGCAAAUCUUAUUUCCAACGCCAUAUUGCUUUUGUUUUACUUAACCUACCGAUGAACAAACUUAAAUAAACAUUAUUAUCUGAGUAUACUCUGCAAACAAAACCGAAAAAAGCCUGGAAAAGUUUUGGUAAACACAACUCCAUGGAAAAAGAAGGACUAACACUUAAAAUUUUACACCAGCGUUCGGAAUAUUUCAUUUAUUGUACAGUUAUGUGUUGUUUUUUCGCUUGAUUAUAGAUUGUAUCUUUGCUUUGUUAAUAUUGUUAGAAAUGUCAAUUUUUAUAUUGAAAACGGGCGACAUUUGUAUUAGCCUAUACAUAUUGUUCUUUCAUGAAAUAAUAAUUUUGAAAUGCAUGUAUACAUGUAUUGUUGUAAAAUCUCAUUUAUGUUAGGUUUUUUGUUAAAAUUUGUUUUUCAUAAAUAAAUGAAGACUUUCGCCCUAGCUGAAAUAUGGUAAAUAAGGUACUCUAUAUAUGUCGAAAAAAGAGAGUUUUUUCAUGUAUAUAAAACAUGUUUUUUAAGGAGCGUGGUCACGAUUUUGGUCAACUUUAUUUUUUUUUAUUGUUUAAAAUGCUUUUUAUAGUGCAUUUCUAAUGAUUAACCAAAAUAUUAGUGUCAGUCGAAGAUUAAUAAGCAAGAUAAAGAGCUUACAAAUAUUUGUUAUGUAAAGAAGGCUAGUGCCAAGUUUUUUGGUAAUCUCGCUAAUAAUUCGACGAUCGAGACUCAAAUUUUGGUUGACAUUUAGAAAACCUACAAAAGCAUUGUAAACAUUAAAAACAAAAUAAAUUUUGACCAAAAUCGUGACCAUGCCCCGUUAAUGUUCAUUAUAGGGCAAAUGUUUAUUGCAAAUAAAACUUAAGUAAUUGAAUGCGUUUCUACCUCUGCUAAUCAAUGAACUCUUUUUAAAUUAUAACUUGAUUCAAAUAUUUUAGUUUGAUGUAUUAUAAGAUCGAUCGUUUUUGAAAAUAUUUUUACACUAUUGCAAUGAACAUGUGAUAUAUCUAGUUAUACCUCUUAAACCGUGAGGGGUAUGUUUAUUCUUGAUUAUACCGUAUAAAUGACAUCCGGGUUAUUUUGCUUUCUCCUUGAAUCCUUUGCUUGUACAUCAUGUAAAAAAAAUAAUUCAUUACAUUUUCAUAUACCUGUACAAAAACAAAACCUUUCUAUAGAUUUUUGAAUUUUCAGACAUGACCAUUUCUAUCUUAAUUUUUUUAAAUGAAUUUUAGAUUCGAAACAUUUAUAUUGGCAUUGAGUUUCUAUUUUGUACAUAUACUUUGAUUAUGAUUAUCAUCUAAAAUACUGUUUAUUUAUAGAUAUGUAUACCUAUUUAUGUUGUAUGAUAAAUGUAUUAUUUUGUUUUUAACAUUUAAAAAU